ACAGACACCGCUCGACCCGGGCGCAGCGCGCAGGCGGUGGCGAAGAGACGCCGAGCGGGCCGAGUGCGGCCGAGCAAAGCCGGAGCCGGAGCGGGGCCGCAGGAGCCGGGCAGGGUCCGGACGGGCCGAGAUGCCCUAUAAACUGAAGAAGGAGAAGGAGCCCCCCAAGCUUGCCAAAGGCACAGCCAAGCCCAGCAGCUCGAGCAAGGAUGGUGGAGGCGAGAGCACGGAGGAGGGCUUCUAUGUCACCCCACGGCAGCGCUUAACCACAGCGGCCCAGGCCCAGCCGCAGCCCCAGCCCCAGCCACAACCCCAGCCACCGUCAUCCAACAAGCGUCCCAGCAACAGCACGCCGCCCCCCACGCAGCUCAGCAAGAUCAAGUACUCGGGGGGCCCCCAGAUUGUCAAGAAGGAGCGACGACAGAGCUCCUCCCGCUUCAACCUCAGCAAGAACCGGGAGCUGCAGAAGCUUCCUGCCCUAAAAGACUCGCCCACCCAGGAGCGGGAGGAGCUGUUCAUCCAGAAGCUGCGCCAGUGCUGCGUCCUCUUCGACUUUGUGUCAGACCCACUCAGUGACCUCAAGUUCAAGGAGGUGAAGCGGGCGGGACUCAACGAGAUGGUGGAGUACAUCACCCACAGCCGCGAUGUCGUCACCGAGGCCAUUUACCCCGAGGCCGUCACCAUGUUUUCAGUGAACCUCUUUCGGACGCUGCCACCUUCAUCGAAUCCCACUGGGGCGGAGUUUGACCCUGAGGAAGAUGAGCCCACCCUGGAGGCUGCCUGGCCGCAUCUCCAGCUCGUCUAUGAGUUUUUCUUACGUUUUCUCGAGUCUCCUGAUUUCCAGCCAAACAUAGCCAAGAAGUACAUUGACCAAAAGUUUGUCCUUGCUCUCCUGGACCUGUUUGACAGUGAGGACCCUCGAGAGCGGGACUUCCUCAAGACCAUCUUGCAUCGCAUCUAUGGCAAGUUUUUGGGGCUCCGGGCUUAUAUCCGUAGGCAGAUCAACCACAUCUUCUACAGGUUCAUCUAUGAGACAGAGCAUCACAAUGGGAUUGCCGAGCUCCUGGAGAUCCUGGGCAGCAUCAUCAACGGCUUUGCCUUGCCCCUGAAGGAAGAGCACAAAAUGUUCCUCAUCCGGGUUCUUCUUCCCCUUCACAAGGUCAAGUCCCUAAGUGUCUACCACCCUCAGCUGGCAUACUGCGUGGUGCAGUUCCUGGAGAAGGAGAGCAGCCUCACUGAGCCGGUGAUUGUAGGCCUCCUCAAGUUCUGGCCCAAGACCCACAGCCCCAAGGAAGUGAUGUUUCUGAAUGAGCUAGAGGAGAUCCUGGAUGUCAUUGAGCCUUCAGAGUUCAGCAAAGUGAUGGAGCCCCUGUUCCGCCAGCUUGCCAAGUGUGUCUCCAGCCCCCAUUUCCAGGUGGCGGAGCGUGCCCUCUAUUACUGGAACAACGAGUACAUCAUGAGCCUGAUAAGUGACAACGCUGCCCGAGUCCUCCCCAUCAUGUUCCCCGCGCUCUACAGGAACUCCAAGAGCCACUGGAACAAGACAAUCCACGGGCUGAUCUACAAUGCCCUGAAGCUGUUUAUGGAGAUGAAUCAGAAGCUGUUUGAUGACUGCACGCAACAGUACAAGGCCGAGAAGCAGAAGGGCCGGUUUCGAAUGAAGGAGAGAGAAGAGAUGUGGCAAAAGAUUGAGGAGCUGGCCCGACUUAAUCCCCAGUAUCCCAUGUUCCGAGCGCCUCCCCCUCUGCCUCCCGUGUACUCGAUGGAGACUGAGACCCCCACGGCAGAGGACAUCCAGCUUCUGAAGAGGACGGUGGAGACAGAGGCCGUGCAGAUGCUGAAGGACAUCAAGAAGGAGAAAGUGCUGCUCCGGCGGAAGUCCGAGCUGCCCCAGGACGUGUACACCAUCAAGGCGCUGGAGGCGCACAAGCGGGCAGAAGAGUUCCUAACUGCCAGCCAGGAGACCCUCUGACCUCCUCGCCUCCCGCCGCAGGGCCAUGGCCCACUCGGCCCUGGGACACUGCCCCAGCCCUCCUCCACCCUCUGCUCCCCACUGGCUGACUUGGGGCAAGGCAGGGCCUCUCUGCUGUGGGAAGGGGGUGGGACGCGGCCUUGGAAGCAGGGGCACCGAGUGGCCCCUCUUCUCCCCCAAAGGUGUUCAUGCCUCCCUGCGCCUAGUACAGACAGGCUGGGCACGGCGGUGCUUGGCGCUCAGAUGACAUGGGGAUGCCUGGCCCCCUCCUGCUCCUCACCCCACAGCUACCUGAGGCUGCUCUGAGAAAUACACAUGGGAAUAAUGUGCUCCUCUUCCCCUCAGGCCCAGGUGCCCCCUCGUCGUCUCCCUCCCCGUCAAGCCUGUAGGGGGCAGCAGGAGACGAUUCUCACCAAAGUUAUGUCAAGCCCCACUGGCCCCUGGAAUGAAUUAGCCAGAGGGGAGCCAACCCCCAACAGCCCAAAUAGGCCCAAAUAGGCCCCCAGCCCCAGAGGCGUGCAGGCUGAUGGGGCUGCAUUAUUUCCUCUUACCCCCUGCCUGACCGAGACAGCGUGGGAGGGCAAAAGGAGAAAAGCAUAGGCUCUGGACCACAGCUGAUGAAUAGAGGGCCCAAAGGGACCGAGAGAAGGGGAUGAACAGACACCCGACCCUAUGCCCCUCUCCGAUGAGCAGCAACCCUGGGAUCACUGACAUGGAAGGGACCACCCCGGGGCUGACUGCUUUCCUGUGCUGUUGGUCCCCAAAGCUAAGAAGAAGGAAGCAGGGAGCAGUGCUCCAAGCAUGGCUCCCCCCAACACCUAUUUAUUUCCUUGUUUGUGUUGAUGCUGGGCAGGUCCUCAUUUGUCCCUUUAAGGUACCUUUGAGGGGUGAGGGGCUGGGGAGGGCCAGACCCAGGUUCCAAGGGCACAGGCAGUGCAGCUUUUGGCUGUGUACAUAGGGUGCUUUAUUCUCCACAGAGUGAUACAUGCUAAGGUGGGUUGGGCUUGGGCCGAUGUCCCCAUAUGUACAGAACUGAAUAAAGUGGGUCUCUGAGAAGAA